AUGAUAAAUAGAAAUAUUGUCACGAAUCUUCAAACAUGUUGCGCCGGAACUUCGAUCUUCCUCAACGCGAUUCUGAUUUUCCUAAUCAUCAAAAAAUCACCCGAACAUCUCGGCUCUUAUCGAUUUUUCAUGAUCUAUAUGGCCAUCCUCGAAAUUAUUUAUUCCGUGGCCGAUUUUUUGAUCUCACCUCAAUUUGUCUCGCACGGUUCCACUUUUUUGAUUAUCUUCACAAAAACCAAUUAUAUUUCCGAUCCGAACGUUUUGCUGAUCUUGGGUUGUAUUUAUUGCGGGUUUUUUGGCUCAUUCAUGUUUCUCUUCGCAAUUCAGUUCAUCUACAGAUUUUUCGUUGUUACCAGGUAGUGUUUCUCUCUUCAAAAUCCACGUAUUAUCGAGCAAUUUUAUAGAUCAAAAAAGUUGGAAACUUUCAAUGACUAUCGUAUAAUUUUCUGGUUUUUGACACCUGUUUUACUUGGUGCAAUCUGGGGAACAUUGGCCUAUUUAUUCAUGAACCCUUCUAUAAAAUUCGAAGAGGCUGAAAAAGUCCUAAUCGAAAAAAUUGAUCUACCAAUGGAUAAAUUUGUGUACAUUGGCGCAACUUUUUAUCAAAACGAUGGCCUUCAAAAACAUGUAGUUAUCGAAACUUUGUUGAUGAUUUCCUUCAAAUUGGCAUUGAUGGCAAUCUCUUUUGUCUGCAUUAUUUAUUUCGCAAGUCGAACGUUUUUGAGGCUCCGCGCACUUUUGAGUCUGACUUCUCAGAGAAACAGCAGAAUUCAAUUUCAAACUUUUUACGCCUUGGUAACUCAAGCAGUAAUUCCAAUAACUCUUAUGCAUUUUCCAUGUACAAUUGUUCUCGUUGCUUCAGUUUUCGACUUCGAAUUGGGAUAUUAUGGUGGUAUUUGUGCGUUCACAUCUGCUCUGUUUCCAGCGAUUGAUCCACUUCCAGUUAUGUUAAUUAUCCAGAAUUAUCGAGGAACUUUGUUGAAUGUGAUAAAUGCGCCAGCUGGCAUUUUCAGAAAAAGAGCUGUUAGCAUUAAUAAAUGA